CAUAUAAAACGAGAAGACCGAAUGGAAGACCGAAUGAAAGACCUGCUUUCGAUUCCAAGAAGAUGAUACCCCAUGACAGAGAUAACGGCAGCGAUGAGAGAAUCGAAGACGAGGAUACUUCAAUGAAACUCAAACCUUCGUCGCUUCUAGCGUCGCGGAACAAUAGCAAUAAUUCCGGYGACAGGAAUGAAACGGGUAGCAAUGACUGCGCAUAUAGCGGCCAGGCUGAGAAGCGAGGGUCAGUUUCGUCGGCCUGCCAAAAACCAGUUAUCUGCAACAUCCGAGAGGAGCAAGAAGCUGAAAGRAACAAUYCAGUGGUUCWUCUGAAAGACAAGCAACCCCCGAAAACCAUUGUAGUGGCAACCAUCCAGACGAAACAGGAUUGCGACGGAGUCAUUCACGGCGAUCGCGACCCAGAAGAAAGCGUUGUGAGCACCACRAACAGCGCCGAGAUGGACAAACCCACAACCAGCAUGGAGUCGCAGGAUCUUUGCAUUGGUCAGAGCUUGCCUUCAACGAAAUCCUCGAAGGAUUUUCUUGCCUCUGCUGAUAGUACUCGUACUCAGUCCGAAGAUUCUAUCUAUGACAAUGACAAUGACGAUGACAAUGACAAUGACAAUGACAAUGACUACGACGAAGAAGAAGACAGCAACUCCAACGAUGACAUCGAUGAAGCGAAGGACCUGAGUUCUCUGAUUGCAGAUGCCGAGGAGACAAACCGCAAACUCCGGGACCGAAUCGGCAGAUUGAGGCAGGCGAUUCGGUCCAUCCGGUCAAUGGAAGCCAUCAAGAAGGGAAAGGGCAUGGUGGAGGAAUACGGGCUCCGGGUAGAGGCGGAUGCCCUGGGGGAAGACCUCCGUUUCCUCGAGGCGAAGCAAGAAGGCCUCGGYGAGACCCUCUUUGAGCUCCACAUCCAGCGCCUCGAUCUGCUCCGCCUCGAAGAAGACCUGCAGAAGGAGAGGGUGCGGGAAGAAGCCAAGGAACGUUGCGCUCCGACGCCCUACGGCAAGAAAAACCGAACGGGUCGCAGCAGGAGCAGAAAAAACAACAGAAGCAGGACGAGAAACAGAAACAGAAACCGGAGCUCGUCGUUCCGCAGGACCGUGUCCAAUGUCAGCGAGUGAACCGAGCGAAUCCGGAUGGCAGGCGUGGUGCGUUUGAAAAGGAUCCAUCRAUGGAUUCGAAUCAAUCGCCCUGUUGCUCCUUGCCGAACACAGGUUGCAACUUGUUCGAAGAAUGGGAAAUAAGAUAUAAUCGAUUUU